GGCCGUCUUCCGGUUAGCGCGUUGCUCGCGUGAAGAACGCCAGGGAGCUGUGAGGUUGUGGUGUCGCGUUCCUGCCAUCCGGAUUCGUUUUCCUCUACGGACACUCAUCUGCGAGAAAUAUGAGUUGGCGAGGAAGAUCAACCUAUCGGCCUAAUCCAACACGCUGUGUAGAAACUCCUGCGACGAUUGGGCAUAUGCUGCCUGAGCAGUUCAGUGAUAAAGAAGUGGAACCAUCGAAACCUGAAGAAGGGGAACCAACCGCUGAAAGUCAGGAUCCUGCACCUGCUCAGGAGGGAGAGGACAAGGGAGCAUCUGCAGGUCAAGGGGAAGGGAAAGGGAAGAAUGCCUGUUGCCGGGGGUGA